CCUCGAGGAAGGUCAGCAGUCAAGAGCUACUACUGUGUACUGUCUCCUCAGCUAAGACUCUUUCGUGCAGCUAUCCCGCGACCAUGUCCCUUGCUCAGCCUACCGCGUCAUCUUCUGCUGCACCGGCAGGUACGAAUUCAGGUAACGGAAUCAUCACUCAGCCACCUCCACCGACUGCGACACGCGAGUCGAGGAUAGCAACUCACUCGCAUAUCAAAGGACUGGGAUUGGCAGAUGAUGGCACAGCUAUGGAGAUGUCACAGGGAUUCGUGGGACAGCGUACAGCGAGAGAAGCUCUGGGUCUGCAUUUACAGCUGUUGAGGAUGGGGAGACAUUCUGGCAGGCCAUUACUAUUGGUCGGUCCACCGGGCACAGGCAAGACGGCUAUGGCCCUGGCCAUGAGUCAAGAGCUCGGCUCGAAAGUCCCUUUCUGCGCGAUGGUCGGUUCAGAGGUGUAUUCUGGCGAAGUUAAGAAAACAGAAGUCUUGGGCAGCUCCUUCCGACGAGCAAUAGGCCUCCGUAUCAAAGAGACGAAAGAGGUUUACGAAGGAGAAGUCACUGAACUCACGCCAUCCGAAGCUGAGAACCCGUUAUCUGGUUAUGGCAAGACCAUCUCUCAUGUCAUUGUGGGGUUGAAAACGGUCAAAGGGACCAAACAAUUACGACUCGACCCAUCCGUCUAUGAAGCGAUUCAGAAGGAACGUGUGGUGGUUGGAGAUGUCAUCUAUAUCGAGGCGAAUACUGGAGCGGUGAAGCGAGUUGGAAGAUCAGAUGCCUAUGCCUCGGAAUUCGAUCUCGAGGCGGAGGAAUACGUCCCGUUGCCAAAGGGAGAUGUGCAUAAACGAAAGGAGCUGGUUCAGGAUGUGACGCUGCAUGAUUUGGACAUGGCGAAUGCUAGACCGCAGGGUGGACAGGAUAUCAUGAGUGUAAUGGGGCAGUUGGUCAAGGGUGGGAGAACAGAGGUCACGGACAAAUUACGGAGAGAGAUCAACAAAGUCGUGGAUAGAUAUAUCGAGCAGGGAGUCGCGGAGCUCGUCCCAGGAGUCUUGUUCAUCGAUGAGGUCCACAUGCUCGACAUGGAAUGCUUUACCUAUCUGAACCGAGCUCUCGAAUCGCCCAUGUCUCCCUACGUCGUUUUGGCAUCCAACCGUGGCAUGACGACUAUCCGAGGAACCGAAUACGAUGGGGUCGUUGGUGGAUCCGGUGAAGGCAUUCGAUCUCCUCACGGUAUACCUGUGGACCUCUUGGACCGCUGCAUGAUCGUCAAGACGAGCCUUUACAGUCGAGACGAGAUUCGAAAAGUGCUCGAGAUCAGGAGCAAGAUCGAAGGCAUCGUUCUCCGUCAAGAAGCUUUGGACAGAUUAGCCGACGAAGGUGAAAAGACCAGUCUGAGAUUCGCCCUCCAGCUUCUCACCCCAGCCUCCAUCCUCGCCAAGACGAUGGGUCAGACUGAAGUUGGAUUAGAUCAGAUCGGUGAACUGGAAGGAUUGUUCCUCGAUGCCAAACGGAGUACAGGUGUGCUCAGAGGCAUGACCAACGGUGGUGGUGGUGGUGGCAGCAGUGUAUUGGUGUAGAGAUAUGUAAAUCGCCGAGUUUGCGCCGAGAUGAACCUUAAAGACGCCUGAGUGUGUAC